UGCGGCCAAAAAUAUUACCGUUUAGUUUUGGCGAUACACCUAGUAGUGCUGGUAAUUCUGUACAAGUUGCAUGCACAGUAACAGAAGGCGAUAAGCCUUUGCGUAUAAGUUGGAAUUUUUAUGGAGAAGAAUUAUCAUCAGACAUGGGAGUUAGUACUAUGGCUGUUGGGGAUUCAAUGAAUGCUUUAUUUAUAUCAUCUGUAGCCCCUUCAAAUCGUGGAAAUUAUACAUGUGUUGCAAAAAAUCUUGCAGGAUAUGAUUCUUAUACGUCACAACUUUUUGUCAAUGAUAAUUUUGUAGUACGACCAAAAAUAUUACCUUUUUCUUUUGGUGACACUCCAAGUAAUGCUGGAAAUACCGUGCAAGUUCCAUGUACUGUAACGGAAGGUGAUAAACCUUUACGUAUUAGUUGGAACAUUCAUGGUGAAGAAUUAUCAUCAAAUAUGGGCGUUACAACUAUGCCUUUUGGUGACUCAAUGAAUGUUUUAUUAAUAUCAUCUGUAGCACAAUCAAAUCGAGGAUAUUAUACAUGCUUAGCUAAAAAUUCUGCAGGACAUGACUCUUAUACGGCUCAACUUUUAGUUAAUGGUACCCGAUAAACAGUGAAAUUAACGUAGCUAGAUUUAUUGCAACUGUUCUUUAUCCUGAUUAUAUCCAAAUUACUUUCAAACAAUUCCAAAAACUUCAUUGCCUAGAAAUUUAACCUAAUAUAAACUUCCUGUGUUGGUACAUUUUGAUAAAUUUUAUUGAUCAAAAUCGUUUUAAACUUAAGUUAGAAGUUUUAUCCUCGGAUCAAAUUGUAAUAUUAGGUUAGUUUUACCUAAGUAGUAGUUUAAUGAAUUAAGUG